AUGUCUGUUCUGAGCAUCGUCAUUCUGCGCCCCAGCCCAGCCCACUUCCCCAUACUUUGCUGCUCUUUUGCUUGUCUCCUUGUGUUUCCUUUCUUCUCCACCUCGUCUCCUCUCUGCUGCAUCCUGAUCCCACCUCCUCCUGAUCCUGCCCGGUGCCCACCAUCCCCCGGCAAUCUGCACUCCGCAUCAUCCCCACAACCUCGUCGACGACGGCGGCGACCGGGUGCUGCACGCGUGCGUUUGGGGAAAAAGCCGCAUAAUCAGUAA